GCGGCUCGGGCUCCGGCUCAGGCUCCCGGGUAUUUAAAGGGGACGCAGCGGCGGCCCGGGGUGGGGAUGGGGGGCAAGUGGAGAGAACGGUCCAGAUGUGCAUCAUCCACGGCCCCUCGGGAGUGGAGGGACUCGUGAGAGACAGAGCCCAGAAAUCCGGGGGCGGAUAAGACACCGCGUCCCCUCCAAUUCCCGUAAACACCCCUUGCUCCAUCCUGCGCCCAAAUACCUCAGCUAGCCCCUCUCCCCACUCUUUACACUCCAAACUCAGCCAGGACAGACGUCUGCAGCCACCGCUCCCCACGAGCUCUGGACGACAGCUGGAGGCCAAAAGUCCCUACAGGUGGUGCCCAGGUUGAUGUACUGACAAUGAGCGCGUGUUUUCCAGUUGCUGGCCUCCGAUGCCUGUCUAGGGACGGCGGGAUGGCUGCGCAGGGCACACCGCGCUUCCUCCUGACCUUCGACUUUGACGAGACUAUCGUGGAUGAAAACAGCGACGACUCCAUCGUGCGCGCCGCGCCGGGCCAGCGGCUGCCUGAGAGCCUGCGUGCCACCUACCGCGAGGGCUUCUACAACGAGUACAUGCAGCGCGUCUUCCAGUACCUGGGCGAGCAGGGCGUGCGGCCCCGGGACCUGCGCGCCAUCUACGAGGCCAUCCCCCUGUCGCCCGGCAUGGGCGAGCUGCUGCAGUUUGUGGCCAAGCAGGGCGCCUGCUUUGAGGUUAUUCUUAUCUCAGACGCCAACACCUUUGGCGUGGAGAGUGCGCUGCGCGCCGCCGGCCACCACGGCCUGUUCCGCCGCAUCUUCAGCAACCCGUCGGGGCCCGACGCUCGGGGGCUGCUGGCGCUGCGGCCCUUCCACGCGCACAGCUGCGCUCGCUGCCCCGCCAACAUGUGCAAGCACAAGGUGCUCAGCGACUACCUGCGCGAGCGGGCCCACGACGGCGUGCACUUCGAGCGCCUUUUCUACGUGGGCGACGGCGCCAACGACUUCUGCCCCAUGGGGGUGCUGGCAGGAGGCGACGUGGCCUUCCCGCGCCGCGGCUACCCGAUGCACCGCCUUAUCCAGGAGGCGCAGAAGGCCGAGCCCAGCUCCUUCUGCGCCAGGGUGGUGCCCUGGGAAACAGCCACCGAAGUGCGCCUCCAUCUGCAACAGGUGCUGAAGACGUGCUGAGGACGUGGCCUGCAGGGGGCACCCGGGCGGGGAGGGGGUGAGGGGGUGGGGGUCGGGAAAGACAAACCUAGCUUUAUUACCCCCUUUCCCUUUCGCUUUGGUAUGAUCCUCCGGGAAUUUCCGGAAUCCUAGGUUCGUCCAUUUGGGGACUGAAAGAGGGAGUUCGGAGCUGUCCCCGUCUAUGCAGUUAACCCAGCUCUGCUGCCUCCCCCAGUGCCACUGCAAGCAAAUUCCGGAGUCUGCCCCACCCGGGUGGUGCGCAUACCUGAGCAGGCAGCAGCGUUUCCAAAAACCUGGUUCUCCCAGCUGGGAGGAAGGCGUUCCCUGGCGGGGUAGAACAUCUCCCGCUGC